AUGAACGAAACGCCGCGACUGCGGUCGGCCUUCCCUACUACUCCCCAAACACAGCCUCGUUUUCGCAACUCAAAUCCCAAAGAUUGUUCGAGCUUUGACUCCCCAGGCUCGCCAUUUUCUCGAAGAACCGCGCCCUCCACGAAGCAGCCGACGAAGGUACCUGUAGAUUCCAAGUCUACAGGUGAUCCAUUCAUCCCCACAGAGGUAGUCGAUGCUCCAUCGCAAAGAUUCUACGUCUUCGCGUUCUACAUUGCUCUGACUGCAUGGAGACUGUACAACUCGUUCGGCGUGGAAAACGACCUCGACUCGACAUGGCUGUUCUUGAAAUGGAUUGGCAUUGAUGCUGCCUUCUUCGUGGCUCUUCCUGCCUUCAGAAUUCCAUGGCUGGAAUUUUCAUUUGCGACCACGUUCACAAUAUGGCUUUUGCAUGCGAUUGCGAAUGCCUUUCUCAUGUACAAAAUCCCGCUUCCGCUCCUGUCCUGGUUAGGAGCUCUGGUCAAGGUUGCAUAUGAUCGGGAACUCGCCAUCUCAGAGACACGGGUCAAGCCAGCAGACAUUCUUCGGAAUUCCUCAAUCAUUUUGGGGAAACAGAUUAUUCAUAUUCUUCCAGAGGGCUCUGCGAUCCUCAAUCCCGAGAAGACAUCAUUCUGUCUGGAUGCUUCCCACCCAUCCGUCGAACUGCCCAUCCAAAUCAACCAGACAACUCCCAUCUCGAUCGAAUUACACAGAUUUGAUCUUGACACAAAUGAGGUGGAAACAAUCCUGAUCGGCAGCAAGCAAGCCAAGCAACUGAAAAAGCAUGCUGAUGCAGGAAUCCCCAGGUCGGAGACUAACAGUCCUCGGACUUUACGAUAUCCUGUGUCCAAGAAAGGGCUGUAUCAGCUCCACCGUGUCAUAGACACAACGAAACUGGAGGUGCGGAAGCGGAGUUUCGAUGUUGCAGUUGUGCCGUGCCCUAAGGCUUCCAUUUCAACUCUUUCUGAAGACCGGUGCACAGGCGAUCUCAGCAACGUGGCGUUGAAGCUGUCUGGUGUGCCUCCUUUCAAAGUGAAGUACAGCAAGACUGUAAAUCAGAAGCAGCUAAGUUCAAUCGUGCAGAACGUUCAACCGCGCCCUGACUCGGGCUAUAUGUCGGAAGAGGAGGCCGCAGAGGCAGUGAUAGAUCCGAAUCGACCUCAGAUGGGCUGGACCAGAUCGACCACUGAGACCUUCGAGAUCAAUGAGUCACUCCAUCAGAACGGAAGCUAUUCGUAUAUGGUAGAGGAGGUGGAAGAUGGUCUCGGAAAUAAGGUGACCUACUAUUCGAGCACUUCAAAGGACCCCCGUGCUCCUCGGGUUCAGAGCUUGACUGUUCAUAACAGACCUCGUAUUAGCCUGACGUUACCCAACUCGAAGCAAAGCGGAUUGAUUCCAGUACGAAGAGGAGAUUCCACCAGUCUCCCAAUCAGUAUUCAUUCAGCAAGCCAAUUUCCUCCGUCUGACUGGCCAUUGAAAAUCAAAUACACCUACCAUGCGGAUAUCGAAGAUGAGACCAUCCGCGCGGAUGAAUUCAGUUUCGAUGUCGUCAAUGAUCGGUCAAAGCCUCAGGUGCAAAAGCCUGGACGGUACAAUAUUGAGUCGGUCGACAGCAAAUUCUGUCAUGGAGAGAUCGCGGAGCCGUCUUCGUGUCUUUUGUUCAAUCCUCCAGACCCAGAUCUCGCCCUCGAGAAACAAGACAUUUUUGACCAGUGUGCUGGAAGUCCUAUUGGAAUGACGCUCAACUUGGAUUUUACUGGUACUCCGCCUUUCAAAGUCAGGUACACCAUCACCCAUAAAGGUCAGGCUCGUGUUAAGCAACAAUCGUUCAGUGGGAUGCGUGGUCAAAUUGAGCUACUCGAGAAUGCGGCCGGCUCUUAUAUCUACAAUGUUCUUGAGAUUGAAGAUAGCGUUUAUGGCCCUAGAUCCCUGAAGGACAAAAGCUAUGUCUUCCAGCAAGACAUCAUGCCGCCAGCAUCUGCAACUUUUUAUCCUAAUGCGCAGGUCAUUAAGGCGUGUCUCGACGAGCCUGUUUUGGUGGAAGUUGCAUUGGCCGGCCAAGGUCCCUGGAAACUUGAUUAUGAGCUUGUGCACGGCGGCAAGAGGAAGAAGUAUAGUGUCCACUCGGAUGUAGACAUGCAUGCGAUAUCCCUUCCUGGCUUCAAGGAAGGAGGGACAUAUGCUAUUGUUUUAACUGGGGUUCAGGACAAAUCAGGCUGCCGUACUCCGUUGAAAGAUCAGCGACAAAUCGAGAUCAGACCUGAGCAACCUCGGGCAGGCUUCGGUGAGAUUGACGGUAAACGAUCAACACUGGCUAUGGAUGGAAAGACAGUUCAACUGCCACUCAGGUUGAAAGGCAACUCCCCGUGGGCCGUCCGCAUUCGACGCCUUGAAGAUCCCGACGAGCCGUUCGUGGAGUUCUUGAAGAAUGCAAAUUCGGUGUUUUCAGUCAACGAACCUGGAACGUAUGAGAUCAUUUCAGUUCACGACAGCUGCCCAGGUGUUGUCGAUGCCAAGGCCAAUACGUUUGAAGUUUCCUGGAUACCUCGACCGACAUUGGCCAUCAAAGAUUCCGAUGUCCAGGGAGACAGCCCCAGGUCUGUACGAAAGCCUCCAGUGUGCCAAAACGACGAAUCCUCCCUUUUCCUUGGCUUUAGUGGAAGCGCGCCUUAUCACAUCAAAUAUCAUCAGAGAUUCGAGCCAAUCAAAGGUCCGGCAGCCGUCAGCAACAAGGAGGGCAGCUUUGCUGGGACGAGUGCAGUGAUCAACCUCGACACGAGCAGAGCCGGAGAAUAUACAUAUUCGCUGAACGAGCUCAGCGACUCUCGGUACCCGCACGACAAGAAACAUUUCACCCCUCUCAUUGUCAAGCAACAAGUAUAUGCUCCGCCAAGCGCAAAGUUCAGCGAACCCGGCAAGACGUACGGGUAUUGCAAAGACGACCCAAGCUUCACGUCCAGCGUCGAAGCAGAAACCGAAAACAUCCCCAUCACAUUUAACGGUGUCCCGCCGUUCAGCAUCGAAAUUGCCAUUGUCCACCACGGCGUGUCUUCGCGACCGGAAAUCAUUCGUCAAAAAGAUAUCCAGUCCACUACAUACGCAUGGCCCUUGUCACGAUCUACGCUAGAUCUAGGAACCCACAGCGUAUCGAUCCGCUCAGUGAAAGAUAGCCGUGGCUGCGAAAGCAUCAUCGAAUCAGACCCUUCAUCCGUUCGCAUAUUUGUGUCGUCCCCACCGACGAUCCUCGCACUCGAGUCGCACGACGACUUCUGUGUUGGGGAGCACGUGUCAUUCUCUCUCAGUGGCAAACCGCCCUUUGACGUCUACUAUACUUUCCAGGGUCGCGAGCGUAAGGCUCAUGUCACAGGGAACGAGUUCAGACGUCUCGCCGAGUCACCUGGUGAAUUUGUGAUUACUGGCGUCAGCGACAACGCAAUGGGCAACGGAAAAUGUCGAGCUAGAAAAGAAAUCAAGAAGGUCAUUCAUCCUUAUCCGACGGUCGAGAUGGGCCGCGGCAGGACUCUAGUCAGCGAUAUUCAUGAGGGUGGAGAAGUCGACAUCAGCUUUUCAUUUACUGGAUCGCCACCCUUUGAGUUUACGUACAUCCGAUCCGAAAACGUCAAGAGAAGCAGUCGCUCUGCUCCAAAGGUGUUGGAGACAAGACACGAUAGCUCUGAUGCCUUUACGAAGGUGAUUCGCGCCAGUGACGAGGGUGUCUACGAGGUCGUCAGUAUCAAGGAUCGAUAUUGCUCUUACACGAAACCGAGUCACAAGAAUUCGGCCGGUGGAUCUAGUGGACAGAAGAGGUUGUUGACAUUCAAGUGA